UAUUAAUUCAGGAGGGUGUAUUGUUGUCUUUUUAUCAUUAGAUAACUUAACGAUUUAACUCCAGAAUGCCAACAACACCGCCUCAAAUCUCUCCCGUAGAGGAACAAGAAAAAUAUUUACAUGACGCCCUGGGUAUCGUCAAAGCACAAGCUUUCCAAAUGAAAAGGUCUUUGGACAAAAACAAGCUGAUGGAUGCUCUCAAAAACGCAUCUGCGAUGUUGGCCGAGCUUAGGACUUCUCUACUGUCGCCCAAAAGUUACUACGAACUUUAUAUGUCGAUUUCUGACGAAUUGAGACAUUUAGAGCUCUAUCUUGUCGACGAAUUCCAGAAAGGCACGAAAGUACCGGAUUUAUACGAACUAGUUCAAUACGCCGGUAACAUUGUACCUAGAUUAUAUUUACUGAUAACAGUAGGAUUGGUUUACAUCAAAACCAACAAUUCUUUACGUAGAGAUCUUUUAAAAGAUCUGGUAGAAAUGUGUCGCGGUGUUCAACAUCCGCUUAGAGGUUUGUUCCUUCGCAACUAUCUAUUACAGUGCACUAGAAACGUAUUACCCGACUCUCCUGAUAACGAAGUCGAAUGCCCCGAAGGAACAGUUAAAGAUUCUAUUGAUUUCGUAUUGAUGAAUUUCGCGGAAAUGAACAAAUUAUGGGUGCGGAUGCAGCAUCAGGGUCAUUCCAGGGACCGACGUAACAGGGAGAAGGAACGCGAGGAGUUGAGGAUUUUGGUCGGUACGAACUUGGUGAGGUUGAGCCAAUUGGAGUCCGUUACGUUGGAUAAGUACCAGAAAUCGGUUUUGCCAGGAAUUUUGGAGCAGGUUGUAAGUUGCAGAGACGCAAUAGCUCAAGAAUAUUUGAUGGAAUGCAUCAUUCAAGUGUUUCCUGAUGAAUUUCACAUACAAACGCUGAAUCCGUUUUUGAAAUCUUGCGCCGAAUUAGAAGCCGGCGUAAACGUGAAGAACAUCGUCAUAUGUUUGAUGGAGAGAUUGGCGGCAUUCAGUCAAAGAUCUGACACCGUGGGAGGCGAAGGAGCCAGCAUCCUGAAAGAAGUUCAAUUGUUCGAAAUAUUCUCCAACCAAGUAUCCUCCAUAAUCGCCAACAGGCAGUAUCUACCCCCAGAAGAUAUGAUCGCUCUACAAGUAGCUCUAGUUAACCUAGCACUCAAGUGCUAUCCGGAUAAAAUCGAAUAUAUCGAUAACGUGAUGUUAUCGAGCGUAGAGAUUUUCCAACGUUUAGGCAUGGAACACCUCGAAUCUCAUUCAUCGGUAGCUAAAGAACUGUUAAAACUGUUGAAAAUCCCGCUGGACAACUACAACAACUUGCUGGUCGUUCUCCAGCUGAAGCAUUACGCAGGGUUGAUGCAACAUCUGGAUUAUUUCGGCAGGAAAUCGCUCAGCAUUUACAUAUUAAACAACGCUUUGGAAAAUGAAACUAUAAUACCCACUGCGGAAGAAGCAGAACAGGCUUUGACGCUGCUGGGGACUCUGGUUGCCGACGAUAAAAACGAUCAUCCUGUUGCUGACGUGGAUUUGGAGGAACUGACCGAGGAGCAGUGUCUGCUAGCGAGGUUCAUACAUCAGAUGAAGGCAGCAGGGCCUGAUGAUCAUUUUCUCAUACUAACAGCUGCUAGAAAGACAUUAAGCACCGGAGGUUCGUUAAGGAUAAAAUACACUUUGCCCCCGUUGGUUUUCCAAGCCUACCAAUUGGCUUACAAAUAUAAAGAUCUGAAAGACGAAAAGUGGGAGAAGAAAUGCACAAAAAUAUUUCAAUUUUGUCAUCAGACGAUCACGGCUUUGGUGAAAGCGGAACUGGCCGAACUGCCGUUAAGGCUUUUCCUGCAAGGGGCUUUGGCCAUCGAUCAGAUCGGUUUUGAAAAUCACGAAACCGUCGCGUACGAGUUCAUGUCGCAGGCGUUUUCACUAUACGAGGACGAGAUAUCGGAUUCGAAGGCCCAGUUGGCUGCUAUCACGUUGAUCGUAGGCACCCUGGAACAAAUCAGUUGCUUCUCCGAAGAAAACUCCGACCCAUUACGAUCUCAGUGCGCUCUGGCGGCCAGUAAACUGCUGAAGAAACCCGACCAAUGCAGAGGCGUCGCCACGUGUUCGCAUCUCUUCUGGAGCGGCAAAAGCCUCACCAACAAAGGCGAAGAAACGCACGACGGAAAAAGAGUGGUCGAAUGUCUGAAGAAAGGCAUUCGUACGGCGAAACAGUGCAUGGAUGUGUACGUGCAAGUGCAGCUGUUCGUCGAGUUGUUGAACCAUUACAUUUAUUUCUUCGAGAAGGGAAAUGAUCAGGUCGACGUUGACGUUCUAAACCAGCUGAUCAAGAAGAUAAAAAGCGAAUUGGCGAAUUUGGAGAGCUCAGACGAGGCCGAACAGAUUUCCAAGCAUUUCAGCAACACCGCGGUCCACCUGAAACUGCGAAUGGAGUCGCCCGAUGGUGAUCGGGAUGCCUACAAAGGUUUACUAUUAAAUCCCGAUCUAGAAGAUGAAAAAGCCGAAACUAAGAAACUGGAAGCUAAAUAGUUAAUCUGGAAUGCAGUUUUUACCGGUAAUUGAUAAAUUGAAAUGAAGAGGGAACAGUUUAGUAUAAAUUAUACCGAUAGCCAGAUGAAGGAUGAUGCCGAGUUCACUUCAACUACGUUAAGUGGAUCGUAGCUAAAUUUAUGACGUUUAAACUUCUCGAUAAAUCGCUCAUUUGCGAGAAUACCGGCACAAUUAAAAAAUCAACAAUUCUGAGAUUAUUGCACCAACCUAAUUACAAAGGGACAUUCCUUAUACAGACUUCCGUUGUUAUCGGAAAUUUGAUACUUAUAUUGUUUAAAUUGUAACGACAAGAUGCAAUAAUCUUGAAAUUCAUUAUCUCGAAUCGAAGUUUUUUGAGUUGUGCCGGUGUUCUCGCAAAUGUGCAAAAUGCAGAUCACAUAACCAAUAGCCAGUCUAAAGUUAGUUACAAUUCAUUUAACAGUGGUUUUGUAGUCUGUAUAUCAAUUUUCAGUAAAUUUUGCGAGAUUUGCGGUUUUUAUUUAUAUAGCACACUCAGUGGCAUAACUCAAAUUUGCAUGUUUAAACUUUUAAUCGUAAGACGGUCCAAAAUGACACCCUCCAUUUGUAUAAAUUUUUAAAUGACGGUGUUACUCCAACGUAGUACGUCUUAGAGUUAG